AUGAAAAAUAUUUUUUCCGCCACCGUAUUUCUGACCUUAACAGGCGUAAAUUACAUAUUCGGACAAGGUAUCCCAAGAUACGACUCUGCCUGUGGUCUACUUUCUAAUAAAAUAUAUUGCUUCGGUGGUAAGAUUACAAAAGAUGGAAACUUGGAUAAUUCGAUAAACGUACUCGAUAUUGUAGCUUACAGCGGUAGUACAGCUGAUGAAUUGAAGAAUAAAUGGCAAAAUAUAUCUUCAAAUAUGAAUGGUAACAACAUACAAUUUACGAGUCAUUCCCAGAAUGUAGUUCUUCCGGACGGAAAAAGCAUGCUUUUAUCUGGAGGAGAAGGUUUUAUUGACAACUCUUCGGCACCAAUAACACGUGUGUACGAUUCAGAAAGCAAUUCUUGGAGUAUUUACCCUGAAUACACAGAUCCAGAUUCUGGCAGAAGACGAAUAAUAUAUCGUGCAGCAUCAGUGCUUGUCCCAUAUCAGGGAAUAGGGUUUAUCGGAGGAUACGAAGUUCUUGUGAAUAGCAGUCAAACAUUAUCGAAAGCAGCGGAAAGCAACAACGUCAUGCACAUGGGCUACGACAGCCUCACUUUUUUGAAUCUAAAUAAGUCGGCAGAUCUCAGUUGGUUUGUUUAUGAACCUCAAUACCAUUUGACAAAAAAAAUCAGAGGGGAUAAGACUUCGAUUUUUGACAUUAAAAGUAAUCGAAUUUUUUUCUUUGGCGGCAAGUAUUAUAACAAAGGAUCAGAAACACAAUAUACGCUUAGAGAUUUUAAGGAUAUAGAAGUAUUUGAUAUGGCCAAUAAUAACUGGACCACACAAGUAACAUACGGGAAUGUUAAACCAAAUCCAAGAUUAGGGCACACAACUACUAUUGUUGGUCCUGAACAAAGAGAUGUUCUGCUAUUUGGAGGAGCGUGCGAAACACCAGAGUAUGACUCUUGCUCUGAUUAUGCAUUUAAUUUUAAUCUCGAUACUUUCGGUUGGAAACUACACGAUCAUCUCAGAUUAAAUCCAAUUAUGUUCCCAAAAAGAUAUAGUCAUUCAGCUAUUGCUGUAAACGACAAUACAGUAUUUAUUGUUUUCGGUUUAACAAGUCCGUAUGAAAUCACCGACACAAUAUUAAUAUUAAACACAACAACUCCAUCACAACUUACUUUAAUGGAAAACUACACUGACGUAAAUAACGUAAAUGUAUCUUCAAAAAAGCCAAGUACUGUGGCCAUCAUCGGUAUAAGUAUAGGCUCAAUUGUAGGGAUCUUUAUUAUAUUAGGUAUGAUUGUCUUAUGGUAUAGAAAAAAGAAAAAAAUCGAUGAAAAGAAAAGACAGCUAGAAAUCGAAGAACAUGAAAGACAGCAGCGAAUUGAUGAUCCUGCGAAUGAAGUAGAUUGGGAUGACCUUGACAAAAGAUACUUUGAAAUGUCUAGUACGAUAUAUCACAAAAAGUCGUACUCUCCUUUAUUAGCUAGCGAAGCAACCACUAGCUUAACGGCGAUACUGUCCCAACGCCCGGAUGCGGUUGAUAAAAACGACAUCACUACAUCAUCCAACUACACAGUGCAAAAACCUGAUGGUGGCGCUUAA